AUGAUUGGAGCAAUUAGCUUCAAGUACACCAGAAGAUUUCUCGCAAACUAUCUUUACACCACAACUACUUUCCGUUGUGACGUCAUCACAAGACUAUACUAUGCAGUCCCCAAAGGAACAAAACCUAAACCUUUUUCUACUGUUGUAGACUUGUUAGAAGAGAUAGAUAUUCAAGAUACUGCUAUAGAAACUGAAUCAAGUAUUCCAAAAGAAAAACCAGAAGUAUCAUUAGUUGAAACAAAUUUAUUAGCUCCUCCCAAAUCACACUAUCCUUCUAGUCAACCUAAUUCAGUAAUAGCCGAAGGAUCUAGUUCUAGUACUUGGAUAAGACAAGGAGAAUACUUUGGUCAACCUAAAUCAACUACUACAUCUAAUUAUUCGGACAAUUCUUUCACCAGAGAACCACAACGAUUAAGAACUCGAAAACAAUCCACACUCAAAUUUAACCCCUCUAAACAAAAGCGUAAACAAAAAGAGGAAAUCGAACCA